CUAAAUCUCUGCCGUCCAAUCAUUCCUUCUUUUCUAUCUUCUUCUUCUUUCUUCUCCUUCCGACGAAAUAUUCACAGCCGAUCCGGUGGAUAGAGGUGCUCGGCAGUGCGGUUGAGCCCGGCUGGAAUCAGAUCAUGGUCCGCUUCUCAUAUACACGCUUUCUCUGCUUCGUAGCCCGAGCAGCCAUACUUGCCGUCAUCGUCUGCUUCCGCUGGUACCACGCAGGCGAAGGGCCAGCUAUGAAAAAAUGGGAGGUCUCUCUUUUACCGGAGCUUCUCCGCGGCCUCAAUGGCAUUGAGCUUCUCACACCUGACGCCAAUCGCGCCGUUUUCCAUGUGGAUCAUUCCUCCCAGAUUUCAACUGUUGUUGAGAACCGGGUGGAGCGGAUUAAUGUCGAGGACAGCACAUACGCCAUCGGUUCCGGAACACAAGAUUUCGUCUUCGUCUCCGGCGACAAUUCCGGCAUUCGUUUCGCCGACAUCGCCCUCAAAAUAGGCGGCAUCGCAGCCGUCCAGGUCGACCUAAGUGCCAAUGAGCCGUUCCGCAUUCCGCCCAAUUUCCAGAUCGUCUACAUCAGUCGACUCUCCUCCACCGUAAUCGCCAUGCGGAAGAUCUCGGGGGCCCCUCCGACCCUCAACGUCACCGGCAAACAAACAGAAUUCUCGCAGUAUCGGAGGCCAAAAAGGAAGCAGUGAACAUGCUGAACAUGCUUGAGGACGUGGCGCUUGAACCCCCGGCGAAGGGGCGGCUUCAACUUCAUCAUCUGACUCGGUACCUUCCCGAUCUGCUCGGAGACUCAUUGGCUGACUACCGCCGACGAGUAUUCGUUGCCCGGUAGCGAACUCUGGUUCGCGAGACGAUACCC